AUGGGAGUUGAGCUGUCCAAAGCCUCUAAUAUACGUGUUUUCCCCACUGUUUGUCUUAAUAUAGGUACUACCCCACUGGAUGAAGCCUUCGUUUGGGGUGACCCUCGAGUGAUUGCCAUUCUUAUGGCAAAAUAUGCGGAACUGAAUGCCAAAAAGAAAAAGAAGACUGCACUCCGUCCCGCUGCCGAAAAAGACCAACGCGGAAAAGGUGAUAAGAAACAGCCCACACCGCAAUUCAGUGUCGUGGGUGCGAGCGACAUGCCAAAAUUGUUUGGAAAAUCAAUCGCAAGGAAAACGAACAAAUUGUCGCAGAUGUUAGAUCUUCACAUAAAUUUAUCCGAACUGGAAGCUCAAAUGAAGAGCUUUGGAGACAUGAGCUUAGAGGAACGGCUGUGGAAACGAGAGGACGAAAGGGAGCGUUUCGGGUGGGAUUCAAGCCUGCCCGCCAUUGACAAGCGCUAUUUCAACAGAAAUGUUGCUCGACUUAUGAUGGAGAGGUAUCCUAACCUGGCUGCUAAUGCCACAUAG